AUGUGGCAAGAUUUGACAAAACAAUUCGGACCAGUUUAUACAUUUUGGAUGGGUUAUUUGCCAAUGGUUGUGGUGACAGAUUGGAAUUUGAUUAAACAACAUUUUAUCAAGGAAGGACAUUUAUUUACCGGACGCGAACAGUUUCCUGUUUCAAUUGAAAUGAGAAGUAAUUUUUGAAAAAAAUUGUUAUUGAUAAGUUAUCACAAAGAACACAAAAAUCAUAAGACAUUCUUAUUAUAGGAGGAUGUUAUGGAAUAAUUGAAACCUUUGGUGAUCGUUGGCUUCAACAACGUCGAUUUGCGAUUCAUGUUUUACGUGAUUUCGGAAUGGGAAGAAAUUUGAUGGAAGAAAAAGUUUUGUGUGAAGUUCAAGCAAUGAUUGACCAUCUCAAAAAAGUUCAAAAUGUUCCGUUUGAUAUGGCAAAUAUUUUGGAUUCUUCGGUUGGAUCUAUUAUUAAUAGUUUUCUUUUUGGAUAUCGGUUUGAUGAGAACAAUAUUCAUGAAUUCCUAACUCUCAAAAGUCGAUUAGAUAAACAUAUGAGAAUUGCGAUGACACCAGUUGGAAUCUUGAUUGCUGUUUUUCCAUCGCUUGGAAAUUUCCCAUUUUUUAAACAACAGAAAGCUUGUGAGUUCAAUUCAUAAUUAUUUGUUCAAAUUUUGACAUUUUCAGUGAUCAUGGAUAAUAUGGGAGGGUUAUUCAAAAUGUUCAGAGAAGUUAUUGAUGAAAAACUUCGGACAAUUGAUUAUGAUAAUGAUGAAUAUUCAGAUUAUGUUGAAGCAUUUUUGAAGGAACGUAAGAAACAUGAACAUGAACCUAAUUUUGGGGGAUUUGAAAUGGAGCAGUUGGAUAGUGUUUGUUUUGAUUUGUGGAUUGCUGGAAUGGAAACAACAUCGAAUACUUUAUAUUGGGCACUUUUAUAUGUUAUGUUGAAUCCUGAAGUUAGAGAGAAGAUCUAUGAAGAAUUAGAUCGAGAAAUUGGAUCAGAUCGAAUUAUCACAACUUCGGAUAAAUCAAAUCUCAAUUAUAUAAAUGCUACAAUUAAUGAAUCACAGAGAAUGGCUAAUCUUCUUCCAAUGAAUCUUCAAAGAAAAACAUCAGAAGAAGUAAAAGUUGGAAAUUUCACAAUUCCAGCCAAUACAGUUGUUCUCCCUCAAAUAAGUUCAGUUUUAUACGACGAAACCUAUUUUCCAAAUCCUUCGAAAUUUAAUCCCUCGCGAUUUUUGGAAAAUGGCCAACUUUUAAAAAUCGAGCAAUUCGUUCCAUUUUCAAUUGGAAAGCGUCAAUGCCUUGGGGAAGGUCUCGCCAAACUUGAACUCUUUUUAUUUUUCGCCAACUUAUUUAAUCAAUUUGAGGUUUGUUGUAAAUAUGAGCAAUAAAAUUGUAAAUCUAAUAAACUUUUUUUUCUAGAUUUCACUCGAUCCAUCUGGCGGCGUUCCAAGCACGGAAAAGCAGAUUGGAAUUGCAGUGCGUGCGAAAAAUUUCCAAAUACUUUUGAAAUCUCGAUAA